AUGAAUUCCGCUUAUUUAUUAUUAGCCGCAAUUUUCGCGGUACAAGUUUACUCUUUCGGAAGCAACGAUGAGAGAUUUUUGAAGAAAUACGCAAUGAUGAAAAUUUACGAAAGUUGUUUUGGCGAAGAAGUGGUGAGGCAGAUAAGGCAGGAAUUGAAGAAAGCCUGCGCGAAAUGCUCCACACCGGAAACCCCGAUUAUUUCGCCGGUACAGUCGAUUCCGGUGCCGGAAAAUAAACCGCAACAGCAGGAAUUGCCGCAGGGACAUCCCGCGUACCCUCAACAAUCAUUCGAAGCCGAGAAAAUCCACCAAGCUAUUUUAGCCUUUAGACCAAACCCAGUGCCCCAGCAAUCUUACAAACCCUCCUACCAGGGACUAGCCCCCAACAAUUUCUACGGCAAUCCAUUCGGGGCGCCUCAAAUCGCACCGGUGCCGCCCUUCUACUAUGCAGGAUUACAGCAACCGCAAUUCUCCCCAUACAAUUUUCCACUCGUAGCCCAACAAUAUUACGGAAACAGAAUGUCGAGAAACAUGGACGUGAGAAAUCAACUGGACUUGUUAACAUCGAGAAUAAGCGGUAAAGUGAGGAACAUCACCUGCGUGAUGCAGGAAUUGGGCUAUCUCGACGACAACUUAGAACCGAAUUACGUGAGAAUCAACGAGAGAAUCGAAAAUUUAUCCAUUCCGGACGAUUUGCGCAAGGACAUGCAAGACGGGGUGAACUUUUGCCAGCAAUUUUCCCAAUGCGUACCGGAGGUGAAGAAAGAGAAAUCCCCGCUGUCGCGCGAACUCAUCAGGCCCAUGUUCUUCUUCAAGUGCUACAAGCACAAGAAGCUGGAGGCGUGCAUCAUGAAGGACAUCAGAGAGAAAUUCUCCGGCGUGUCCGACGAGGAAUUGGACGGGGAUUUGGACCUGAGGCGGGCGGGAAAAGACAUGAAAUUCGCUCCGGUCGAUGAGGAUAAGGACGAGGACGCCCUGGCGAGUGCCAUGUACGAAUUUUUGUACGCCAGCGACAGCGGCGUGGACCUCGACGGGCUCUUUUAAUUGGAAUUACAUCGCGGAAAUUAGCUCGGUAAAUUCGAUGGAAAUUACUGUUGUUUUAAUACGAGUAGGUUCUAGUUUUUCGAUUUUUAAAAUGACUGAUUUUUAAUUUGUAAAAAAUAGCAUUUCGGGCGGAAGAGGUGCCAAAACAGUUUACUUUUUUUUGUAGCGUUUACAACAUUAAAUAUUUAGUAUUUAUUUUAUUAUGGUGGAUUAAUGUAAGGAUUUGGAUUUUUACAAUGGAAAGGGAUAUUUUGUGUUUACAUUUUAUUGUAAAAAUUUGAAGAUAAAAAAUAAUAAAUUGUAGUUCA